AUGUCCGCAACACAGCAAGAACAAGCUCAGACCCAGAGCUCCUCGUUCCGUGCAACGAACGAGCCAAGCGUCCCAGAUGUACCACCGCAUUCUAGCCUCCCCAGUUUCCAGCUCGGAAGCGUGUUCACCCCUCAAGACAGCAUCUCCUCGCUACGCCAGGCGAUAGGGGCCCAACCCGGCCAAACCACUCGCUAUGCCAGCAGUGGGACCCCGACAGCACAACCCAUGAUACCACCUACUACUGCUGUACUGCCUAGUUGCCCACCUACACCCACUGGUCUGCCUCGAGGACCUGGCGGACCUCCGCAGGGCGGCGGACCUCCUCAGGGACCUGGUGGACCUCCGCAAGGUGGCGGACCACCUCUGAGAGGUGGACCUCCUCAAGGACCUGGUGGACCACCACCUGUGGCACCUCUCGGCAUACCAGGGGUCGCUGCUGGACGAACCAAAGUCCGCACACCCAAUGUUUUUGAUGGUCGCGACAAUCUACGCACCUUCCUCAAUGAACUCUUCCUGUUCUUUGAGGCACGUCUAGCCGACUACGCCACAGACCAGAGCCACAUUGUCACCGCCUUAACGUUCAUGGACAGACCAAAGGUGAUCGCUUGA